AUGUUGUACAUUGCAAGUGUCGAUGCGCUCGCUCUGAAAGGACCGGCGAUUACAAGAUACGACCCGUGUGGAUUAGCCGUGGUAUAUUUUGACAAAAUAACGCAGCAUAUCUGGCAAGGUGUUUUUAAUUUAGGUUUAUACAAUAACGUUCAACAAGAGUUGGAAAUUGAAAUUAAUUUUGAAAACCGGAUCAUUCUUUACGGGGCCUCUCAAAACAGUACUUUCAGUGUUACGAAUGACGGACAUGACUUCGUUAUCAAACCGAAAGGCCAAAUACCAACGCGUUAUUCGUUUUACUUAUCGGUAAACGACGAAAAUGCAAGCAACGUUCCAAUUGUUAACAAAUUAAUACUGAACAAAAAUGUUCUUUGUGACGACUUUAUAAAGGCAUCACAAACAGUAGACAACUUCAAUGUCACAAAAGAGUAUGACAUAAAAUAUCACCACGUAUGUGGCAGACGGGCUUUGGACCAUGCUGAGUUGACUUCUGUUAGAACCGUCGCCAACGCUGGUGAUUGGCCCUGGCAUACAGCACUCUUUAUAAAGGAACUUGUCACUAGUAUUGAUAAAUACCAGUGUGGUGGUAAUAUAAUAUCAACAACAGCAAUCCUUACUGCCGCUCACUGUGUUAGUAAUAAUGGCAUUAUUGUGGAUGCGAGCAGGAUAACAAUUUUAGCGGGAAUAAAUAAUUUAACCGAUAUAAAUCAAGUCGGCCGUCAAGUUCACUAUGCCGAAAAAGUCAUAGUUCAUCCAGCAUUCAAUGAUAUACAGGCAACAUCCGAUCUGGCAAUAGUGAGAGUAAAAAAUAUCCCAUUUAAUGAAUACGUGCAACCCGUCUGCAUUUGGGGACCUAUUUACGACAAAUCAAAACUAUUCGGAACUGAGGCUACCGUAGUUGGAUUCGGUAAAACGGAGGAUAACAAGCUUUCUGAUACCCUUAGAUCCGCUUACAUAAUGGUGCAGAAUGACUCCACUUGCAUUGCGUAUUCACCUAAAUUGUAUAAUGGUCUGCUGAAUGAAUUUACAUUUUGCGCCGGCUUUGGACCUACUUCGGGUAUAAAUCCCCGUAACGGUGACAGCGGUGGAGGGCUGGUGGUGGCAACAGUGCAGCCAGAUCUCAAGAUAAGCUGGUUCUUGCGGGGCGUUGUCUCCAAAUGUGGGGUUUCGCCGGGGCAGACAGAGUGCGAUCCUAGAUUUUACCUGGUCUACACCGAUGUCGGGCCUCACUACGGUUGGAUUUACCAUAAUGCGGGUCUACAAUACAGAAGCAACAUAUUGAUC